UAUUUCAUUGUUUUUCACGAAGUGUGCAAGCUAUAUACAUAGUUUCAAGUGUGAAUUAUUGGAAAUUUUUCAGCGCUAAAAUGAAAGAAUUUCUAUUAUUCGCAGUUAUGUGGUGGAGUCGUUUGAAACUUUUCCUCGUGGAUAUAAUAAAACCUGCGUUACAAUUAACAAGGAAAAAUAAUCAUUCUUUAGAACCUCAAGAAAUUAUUCCAAAAAGUGUUAAUUAUCAUUUCACCAGAAUAUGCAAUUACAGUUGCGGUUUUUGCUUCCAUACGGCAAAAACUUCUUUCAUGUUAGAUUUAGAAAAUGCGAUUAUUGGUUUGAAGAUGCUAAAAAAAGCUGGCAUGGAAAAAAUCAAUUUCAGCGGUGGGGAGCCGUUCAUGCCUCUGAAGGGCAAUCAUUUGGGAGAAAUGGUGAAAUAUUGCAAACAAAACUUGAAAUUGGCGUCAGUGACUAUAGUCUCCAAUGGUUCCUUGAUAACUGAGAAUUGGUUCAAAAAUUAUGGCAAAUAUUUGGAUAUUUUAGCUAUAUCAUGCGACUCUUUUGACGAAGAAACGAACAAGGCCAUCGGAAGGGGACAAGGAACGAAAAAUCACAUCGCGCAAUUGUAUAAAGUGAAGAAAUGGUGCUCUCAGUACAAUGUGUUAUUCAAAAUAAACACAGUGGUUAACAGUUUGAACUGCGAUGAAGAUAUGGUGGAAAAAAUCAGAGAAUUGAAUCCAAUAAGAUGGAAAGUAUUUCAAUGUCUUCUGAUUGAUGGUGAAAAUGCAGGACCUGAUGCUCUUAGAAAUGCUGAGCAAUUUUACAUUGAUGAUGAAACCUUUGAUAAAUUUUUGAGAGUCCACCAAGAACUUGUUUGCUUGGUUCCCGAAUCCAACGUUAAAAUGCAGAAUAGUUAUUUGAUUUUGGACGAAUAUAUGAGAUUCUUAGACUGUCGCGGCGGUUCAAAAAUCCCGUCGAAAUCUAUUUUGGAUAUUGGCGUGAAGAACGCCUUGAAGUUUUCUGGAUUUGACGAGGUCAUGUUCAAAAAAAGAGGUGGAAUAUAUAAGUGGUCCAAAGAAGCCAAUUCCUUGGACUGGUAAUGGACAGAUGAUGUUCUACAUGCUACAAUACCUGAAGAAAAGUCCAUGUCAUAUCAAUUUUUCAUUUCAGCUUGAGUUGAAUACGUCAAGGCAUUAAUUACUUAAUUAAACAAUCUUUUUAAUUAUUUCUUUAGCUUCUUAGGAACAUAGUUGAGUUUUGUUUUAGUUUACAUUAGACUAGAUUCUCUUACCUCAUGCAUUAUUUUUCGUAUUAUUCCAAGAAGACUGAUGAAAUAUGUAUUUUUUAAGGAGUUUGCAAUAAAACUGAUUAAAACAAGAA